CUCACUCCGCUCGUCUUUUAUUGGCUGACAACCUACUCUCGCUCUGUUGUUUAGUACAAACCGAGGGGAGCGAUAUUAGCUUACAUUAAGUCGCUCUUCUUCGGUUUGCUUUGUUUUACUUGGCUUUGGCUUGAUAUAUUUUUUGUUACGUGACAGAAGAUUUAAGCGGAGCUUUGGGUGUGAGGACGCUUGUUGAUUUUAAGUGAACCAUGCUAGCCUUGCUAGCUAACUAGCCUCCGUGUCGUUGCCUCCUCUUCAUGGGUUUCGUCUGACUCAUUAAUGCCAUCAGCCAGGAACUCAGGGCACAUCAUGAGCGGGACGAGCUGCAAAGCUAACGGCGCCGUGUACCCCGCCUCAUCCGCGGUGAUGAACUCUGUGAAGAAGCCGAAGAUGGAGCAGAUCCAGGCCGACCAUGAGCUCUUCUUACAGGCCUUUGAAAAACCUACUCAGAUAUACAGAUUCCUCCGUACGAGGAACCUCAUUGCACCCAUAUUUUUGCACAGGACCCUCACCUUCAUGUCGCACAGAAAUAAUCGAACAAAUGGACGGAGGAAAACAUUCAAAGUGGACGAUAUGUUAAAGACGGUAGAGAAAAUGAAGGUAGAGCAAGAUUCUCCAAGCUUGUCUUCACAUCUACAGUUAACGUUCACCGGGUUCUUCCAUAAGGAUGAAAAGCCAUCUCAGAAUUCAGAAAACGAGCAACAUUCUGUGUCUUUAGAGGUGCUACUCGUCAAAGUCUGCCAUAAAAAACGCAAGGAUGUCAGUUGCCCAAUAAAACAAGUGCCUACCGGUAAAAAGCAGGUGCCUUUGAAUCCCGACUCUAAGCAAACCAAGCUGGGCUCCUGCCCCUCUUUACUCGUCCCCAGCAAUGAGUUUGAGCCCAGCAACAGCCACAUGGUGAAGUCCUAUUCGCUCCUCUUCAGGGUGUCGCGCACUGGGAGAAGCGGUCUACUCAACGGGGAGGCCAACGAGAAUAUCGAUGUGAUAGAAACGCCCAGUAGAAAGAAGAGAGGCUCAGCACACAGAGAGGAGGGGGGGACCACAGAGACCUACAUCGCACAGAUGACUGUCUUUGAUAAGAAUCGGAGGCUGCAGCUGCUGGACGGAGAGUACGAGGUGUCGAUGCAAGGGAUGGACGAGAGUCCUGUGAGCAAAAAACGGGCCACGUGGGAAACGAUCCUUGAUGGCAAGAGGAUCCCACCAUUUGAGACGUUUUCUCAGGGACCCACACUGCAGUUUACGCUGCGUUGGACAGGCGACGCCGGCGCAAAGUCCACUGCCCCUGUAGCCAAGCCUCUUGCUACCCGCAACUCAGAAACCACCAGCCCGAUGGAGACCCGGACCAGCCACCACCGUGCAGCCCUUAUAAAGAAACAUGCAUCAGAGAUCAACUCAUGUAGCACACAACUAAAGUCAGUGAAAGAGUCAGUCAGCACAGACACUCAGACGAGGAAAGAGCAGGUCUCCUCUGAGCCGCGGCAGAAGCUCCGUAUAUUUUAUCAGUUCCUGUACAACAACAACACGCGGCAGCAGACCGAGGCCAGAGACGAUCUCCACUGUCCCUGGUGCACUCUGAACUGCAGCAAACUCUACAGCCUGCUCAAACACCUCAAGCUCUCCCACUCGCGUUUCAUUUUCAACUAUGUGCCUCACCCAAAGGGAGCAAGGAUAGACGUGUCGAUCAACGAGUGCUACGAUGGCUCCUACGUGGGCAACCCUCAGGACAUCCACAGCCAGCCGGGCUUUGCUUUCAGCCGAAAUGGUCCAGUCAAGAGAACCCCAGUCACUCACAUACUGGUUUCACGGCCCAAGAGGACCAAACCGAGUCUGUCGGAGUUCUUGGAGUCCGAAGACGGCGAGCUGGAGCAGCAGAGGACGUACGUCAGCGGACACAACCGACUCUACUUCCACAGUGACAGCUGCAUGCCCCUGCGGCCCCAGGAGAUGGACGUGGACAGCGAGGACGAGAGGGACCCAGAGUGGCUCCGAGAGAAGACCGCCACGCAACUGGAUGAGUUCACGGACGUCAAUGAGGGAGAGAAGGAGGUGAUGAAGCUCUGGAACCUGCAUGUCAUGAAGCACGGCUUCAUAGCAGACAACCAGAUGAAUCAAGCCGUCAUGCUUUUCGUCGAGAACCGCGGCGCUCACAUCAUCCGCCGCAACCUCUGCCGCAACUUCCUCCUGCACUUGGUCAGCAUGCACGACUUCAACCUGGUGAGCACGCGCAUCAUCGACCAGACAAUGAAACGCCUGCGAGAGAUUCAAGAGGAGCUGCCGGACACCAAGGAGGAGCAGCAGGACGACACGGUGGGACCGGCCGGAGCCUACAACGGCAGCGUCGUCACAUCCAGCGGAGGGAAGCAGGGCAAGAGGACAAAAAGCGCUCUGACAGACUGAUGUCGGCCUGGACGGACGGGACGAUAACCAACAUGGGGGUUUAUUUUGUUUUCUGGUAAAUCUUGGAACAUUUCCAACCCUUUUGGUGCUUAGAUAGGUUAACAAACAGGUAGUCAGAGGACCUGAGCUGACCAGUCCCAAGGCUAAAACAAGUUUCUGAGACUUGAGAACUGAACCAAAUAUGAACAAUAUGACAGUGAAUCACCCACAUCUACUCAAACCAGGAGUUUGAGGAUGCAAGAUGCAUGCAUCUUGUAAGGGCCACCAUGGUCCCCUAUUAGUUAAUGGGGAAAAUGAACAAACAGCAUCUCCUCACAUGGAACACCUGUUUUUAUUAUGUUGUGGAGGAUUGUAUGAAGGCUACAGGUAGAACUGUACUGGGAACAUUGUCGCCGUUUGUACACAAAUGUAACCAUGUUUAUAACUUUCACUCGAUUUUAUUUUAGCACUUCUUGGUUGUAUUUAGAAAGUUAAAUCAAAACUUUAAAAAAAAAAAUAUUGUGCCACGUCCAAUGUUGAGAAUAGUUUUCCUGCUCUCAUUGGUGAAGAAACUGUCUGAGAGUGCCCUACAGAAAAGAGAAUCUGUAGUAUGACGUUAAUGCCUGAAAUCUGAGAGUCCUGCAAAAGAUGGUGUUGGGAUCCCAGCAUGGUUUAUUGUUGGAUAGUUUGUCAUGACGGUAGUGUUAUAGUAUGAGCUUGGAUCUUGAACAUGCUAAAUUUGGUAAAUCCUAAUUUUUUUUAUUUUUUUUUUUUUUUUUUUUUUAUCACUAGUAUGUGUUUUUGUCGACACGUUUAAGGAAGGACAGGGAAACCAGUGGGAUAUUUUAUUUUUCUUGGAAACCAGCAGCACAUUACUCUCUGUGGCAUGUUCAGCGAGUAGUAUUGACAAUAGCAUACUUGGUUUUCUGAUGUCAGCAUCUGCAGUUUUUCCUAUUUUAUUCCGUUGUUUUACAGAUAUCAGUAGCUGAAAUAAAUAUGUAUUCAUGUAAUCACAUGAACUGUUUUUAGGUGUGUCCUGUUCCUGGUGUAGCUACCGACAAGUUGCAGUUUUUCUCUAAUAGCAGUAGGCUGGUUAUUUUCAUUCUUGGUCCUUAUUAGAUACAGUUUAUGCCAAAGGGAAACAUUUUCACAAGUCUUUUCUUUUAAUUUCAUAAACAUUUUAAAGGGGACAUAUCAUGCGAAAUCCACUUUUUUAGCUCUUAAAUACAUUUUGUUGUAUACUUGGAGUCUCUAAGAGUGCGCAAAGUUUGAGUUUAGUCACUCCAGGUGCUGCGUAGAUAUCUUUAUAUUCUAUUUGGGUCAUAUUAAUAUGCCAUUAUGGUUUCUCUAUUUCGUAUUACGUUUUUUAACAAUAACAUCACAGUAUUUGCUGCGGAGCUGAUAAAACAAGGUCGUUGACUUCCCGCUUACCAGUUUUGCAAAUCCGCCAGUUUUAACCCACACAAUUCAUUACACAGUCUCCUAGUAUACUACAAAAAUGGCCGAACAGGUUGGAGUGGAACGCUCUGCGACCUGGAGGGGGGCGGGGUGUGAAGUGCCUCCUUUAGAUUUAAAGAGACAGCACCAAAACGAUUUGCUCUCCGACGCGCCUCAGAACAUCGGUAUAAAAGGGGAAUGUUGAGCCAAAUUAACAAGGAGUUCAGACCAAAGCAUUGCAGUUCUGUGUUUAUAUAGACCACAACUGAAUGAUUUUACUGUAAAAAGGAAGGACUGAGAAGCAUGAGAUAUCCCCUUUAAUUUUUCAGUACCAACAGUCACUAUUUUAAUCAGCCAACCAACCCUUGUAGUUUUUUUUCUCUACUCACUGUUCGUUCAGGCUGACAUAUUCAUCAAUAUUGUCUAACACAUUGUGAACUUGAGUAUUUUAUAUUUAAAUAAAAUACGUUUGGUCAUUCAA